GCCUCCGUGUGCCGCGGGCAGCGGCCGCUCGCCAUGUUCGCGGAGCUCAACGAGCUGCUGGGCGCGUCCCCGCAACGGCCGGAGACGGGUAAAUUCACUCUGCUGCGAGACACCAGAACAGAUGGCAGCUUCCUGGUGCACCAUUUCCUCUCCUUCUACCUCAGAGCUGGCUGUAAGGUUUGCUUUGUGGCCCUGCUCCAAUCCUUCAGUCACUACAACAUCGUGGCACAGAAGCUGGGAAUCAGUCUGACAGCUGCCAAGGAGCGGGGACAGCUUGUCUUCUUGGAAGGCCUCAAGUCCUGCGUUGACCUCUUGUUUGGAGAAGAGGCAGAGGAGCAGUCAGGAGAGCCCUGUCCUCUUCAGUUUAUGAGUGAGAGCAACUGUGACCUCAGAGCCUUGUUCAACUUCGUCCGGACAUCCCUGAGUCCCGCUGGCAGCGACUCCUGGAAGGGCGUCGUGCUGCUGGUUGAUGACCUGAGUGUGCUGCUCAGCCUGGGUGCCAGGCCCGUGGCUGUGCUGGACUUCAUCCACUACUGCCGAGUGGCUGUGUGCUGCCAGCUGCAGGGGAACAUCGUGGUGCUGGUUCACAGCAAUGAGGACUCAGAAGAUGAGGAAAAUGAACUGGUUGUGAACUCCCUGUGUCAUCACAGUGACCUGAUCCUGUGGGCAGAGGGGCUGGUGACUGGCUUCUGCAAGGAUGUUCACGGGCAGAUCAAAAUAAUUAAAAGAUUGUCCUUGGAGCUGACUGGGAAGCAGGAUCACGUCCAGAUCUACCAGUACAAGAUCCAGGACAGGAAUGUCACCUUUUUUGCCAGAGGGCUGUCAGCUGCAGUCCUGUGACACCGAGGGAGUGAGGCCAGGACCUUGGGGCUGGAUGUGCCACCAAACCAGCCUGUGUCACCAGCCCCCUGCAGCCUGUAUCACCAGCCCCAUCCCAGGAGCAGUGCAGCAAACCGAAGCUUAAACACCUACUGGACUGUGUGCCAACAGGGAGGAUUAACCUGCCCAGAGCUUGCUGCAUCCUUUUGUCCUCCCACCCCGUUCCCAACGUUCCCAGGCCAAGAGGAAGAGCAGCAACUUGCAGGAAUGGCCGUUGGAGCAGGUCCAUGCAGGCAGAGGUGCCCCCGGGGCCAGGCGUGCCUCUCCUUUCCGGUGUUCCGUGGCAGAGGAGGGAUGGCUCCACCCUCCCCACCCUCCCGCUGGCGUUUCAGGGAUGACACAGAACAGGGAUGGUCUUUGCAGCCUGUUGCAAUUUCUACCUUUCUCCCAGCUUCUGGCACAGGAGAGAUUUGCUCAACUCCCAGCUUCUACAGAAUUAAAUACGUCUCUAGCUACGUGUGCAGCUGCUGACCUCGCUGUGGUGAGACCUUGCUGGGUUAAUCCCUUGCUUUCCUUUGUUCCUUUCCCUCUUUGUCAUGUGAA